AUGUCGCUCCAGAGCCGGCGUACAGUUCUCUGCGUUCUCCUUGUUUGGGCCAACAGCAUCGGUCUCGCCAUCGCCGCAACAUCAACCAAGCAGUUCAAGCACUGGUACCCACGGUAUGGAUUCAUAUUCAGCAACAUCACCAAGACCAACUGCAGCGCCGAAUACAACAAGUACUUGACGGGUAUCAAGAACCACUCCGAAAUUGAUUACAUGGCCGGUGGCGGAAUCUAUACCGCUCUGACCCAGCCAGUCGUCGAAUGCAUCCUCAAGCAUACGUCCGAGUUCCUCAAGGGCAGCAUGACGGGCGCCCAGAUCCUCCUCGGUGUCAUGCCUACCAUCGUCGCCCUCCUUGGUCCCUCCCACGACGAGAUAGCCAUGCUAUCGAACGUGGGCAGAAGACCACUGUUGGCCGCAGGGAUCGCUUUGGCAUCCCCCUCGGCAUACUUCAGCAGAGCCUUCGAGUACUCGGAUCCGACCAAGAUCCUCUACCACGAGAAGAAUAGACUUGCGCAGUGGCGCCCAGCAAGCGCAUGUCCACAGCUGCUGGUCUCGUUUCUUCAAUACGUUGUUGUCUCUGCGGCCUGUUGGAAUGUUGUGACCAACACGUUGCAAGUCAGCUUGUGGACCAUCAACUCGUUCUCGUCAGACACCGACUUCAUGCCGAACGUGUGGUUAGGGCUCGGCCUCUCCAUCCACAUCUUCAGCUGUAUGGUCUUUCGCCUACGGCUUCGGGGAUGGAGACUCAAGAAGCCAAACGACGGCGUGGACGUGGACCCCGUGGGCGUUGACCAAGAGAACAACAAAACGACAGUCCGCCAGAAAGCUUCUGGCGUACGCCGGGUCGCUCGUUCUUUCUUGAUUUGGAUCAAGAACAUGGGGCCGAGAGCGGCAGAUAUCCUUACCCUGACGGAGUUCGUUCCGUGCGCGGCUGGCGGUUAUGUAGUGCACAUCUGGACUUUCAAAGAGACCAAGACCUUCCUGUUUCUAGCGUGGUGGCAAUCGAUCCUCACGAUCCUGCACGUGGUUUUUGGCACGCUCGUGUUCGCAGGGAUGCUUUUCGUGGGCCUUCAGGACGCCAUGUCUAUCGUGGGCAGAUACAUCAUUCCCGUGGUCGUGUGCCGGGUCAUUCUUAUGUACGAAUUGGCCGGUGUACGGGAAAGCUGGGCUACGCUGGAUGGUGACCCGGUGCCCAGGUUCGGCAAAGACGAAGCGCCGCAACUUGGAGGGGCCGAAGGCGAGAAGAGGACUGAAGUGCCUAAGAAUGGAGGGAUUUCGGUAUCGACGUGGUAG